CGUGCAGUGACGCACGCACGUUGGCGGAGCGGCGUCGCGGUGGUUGCCGGGAGCCAGCGUCCCGCCGCCGGGACCAGGAAGUGGAGGGCGGAGCCGGCUCCGCGGCCAGUGGCUGGAGCCCCCCUCGGCAGCAUUAUGGAUCCAAGCCUGUUGAGAGACAGAGAGCUAUUCAAAAAACGAGCUCUUUCCACUCCUGUGGUAGAAAAACGUGCUGUGCCUUCUGAGUUGCCCUCCGCCUCAUCCAAGAAGAAGAAAGCAAAGGUCGAACACGGAGGGUCAUCAGGCUGCAAACAAAAUGCAGAUCAUAGCAAUGGAUCAUUUAACUUGAAAGCACUAUCUGGAAGCUCUGGAUAUAAGUUUGGUGUUCUUGCGAAGAUUGUGAAUUACAUGAAAACACGGCAUCAGCGAGGAGAUACAUAUCCUUUAACUUUAGAAGAGAUUUUGGAUGAGACACAACACUUGGAUAUUGGACUCAAGCAGAAACAAUGGCUAAUGACUGAGGCUUUAGUCAACAAUCCCAAAAUUGAAGUGGUAGAUGGGAAAUAUGCCUUCAAGCCAAAGUACAACCUGAAAGAUAAGAAGGCCCUGCUCAGGCUUCUGGAUAACCACGACCAGCGAGGGUUAGGAGGGAUCCUGUUAGAGGACAUCGAGGAAGGACUGCCUAAUUCCCAGAAGGCUGUCAAGGCUUUAGGGGACCAGAUACUGUUUGUAAACCGUCCUGAUAAGAAGAAAAUACUUUUCUUCAAUGAUAAAAGCUGUCAGUUUUCUGUGGAUGAAGAGUUCCAGAAACUGUGGAGGAGUGUCACUGUGGACUCAAUGGAUGAGGAGAAAAUCGAAGAGUAUCUGAAGCGACAGGGGAUUUCUUCCAUGCAGGAGUCUGGACCAAAGAAAGUGGCCUCCAUUCAGAGAAGGAAAAAGCCUGCUUCACAGAAGAAGCGGCGGUUCAAGACCCACAAUGAACACUUGGCUGGAGUGCUGAAGGAUUACUCAGACAUUACCCCUGGCAAAUAGGGACCGUUUCUAUCCUCAGACAAGGUUACAGACACACUGUCAAGAUCUUUCCUGAGGUCUUGAAGCUUGAGGUCUGAAGACUUUCUGCCUUCCCAUCUGCUCCUCGGGUCUGAGGACAGGAGCAGUUGAGUUUACAGAACAGGAGCGGAUUACCAAACUCAGCUAUCAUCACCCAGCAGACUAGUGGGGAACGGUUCCUGUUAACUCCUGGGGUUGCUUGGUUUUAUAUUUUUCUAGAAAGACACAUAGCAUGGCAUGCAGGUGUCUCUGCUAUUUGUCUUGAUUUCUAGAUGGUUCUUGAUUCCAUGUUUUCUCGAUUGCUUUAGAACAGGUUGGCAGAUAGUGCUGAAUGCAAUAUUUCUUUAUUCCAAGAGAAAAUAUUUAUAAUAAAAUCAUUUGUAGGAGGAUCUUUAAGAAGUUAGGAAAUUCAGUUUGUCUUUCUUAAUUCUUGGAAAUAGCAGGGAACAGCCGCAGUCACUGAUUGCUUGGGUGGGUGUUUGGGAUGUCCCAAAGAUUGGAGUCAGUACUGUUGGCAAGUGUGUGGAUUUCAUCUUUGGAACACAGGGUAUGACUCUGGUUAAUAAGCUAAGCAAUAAAAUUACACUAAACGUAA